AUGACCAUUUAGGAAAUGUCAUAUUUUUACGUAACUUUAUUUAACAUUACGAUCUCUUUUUAUGAACACAUAAAACAAAUGCAUACAUACAACUGAAAAUACGAUUAAAGAAAUUGAUAUUGAUAAUUUAUAUUUGUUAAUUAAAGCAAUGUAUUAUAUCAAUAAUUGCUAAUAAAGUCGAUAUCUUUUGGUACAUGCUAUCAGAAUGAAGUAUAUGCAUUGGAAUAUAGAAUACAUCAAAUCGGGACGAAUAUUUUAAACGUCCUACGUUAACAGCUCAAUUUUGGAAAGAUCAUCCAGAAUGUUUGGGAGGUACCGAUAUGGAGCCUGGUAAAGAAGGUGGAACAUGGCUAGCUUUAUCGUUAAAAGGAAAGGCUGGUAUCAUUUUAAAUUUACCUAAUGAAGAAACAUCAUAUGAUACUCCUAAGAAGGGAAGAGGCCAUUUAAUAACUAAUUUCAUUACUUCGAAUGAUUCUGCAGUUUCAUAUUUAAAUAAAUUACACAAAGAAAAUCAAAAUGGUCAGCCAUACAAUCCAUAUUUAUUGGUUUUAAUUGAUUUGUACAAUGCAAACGUUAAUUGCCUUAGUAGCUCAAUAAAAUCGAAAGGACCUUUUACAAAUCACGAUGCAGUGUUGGGGUGUAGUAAUAGCGAUUUUGACAGUCCUCUCAAAAAAGUAGAAGGAGGAAAAGAAAAAUUCAGAAGCAUACUGAAAAAUAUUGCAACGUUAAAAGAGGCAGAUCUUAUAGAAGAAUUGUUAAAGCUUUUGAAAUCAGAAGAAAGGUACUUACCAGAUCCAGUAUUGCAACAACGACAUUCACCAAUGUAUGAAAAGCUCAGUUCAAUUUUUAUAUCUGGUAAGGAAUAUUGUACAAGAACACAUUCUAUAUUGUUAGUUAAUGGAAACAAUGAAAUAGUAUUUGUUGAAGAUACACUUAUGCCGGAUUUAACAUGGAAAUGUCAAAUAUUUAAUAAUAAUUUAAUAUGUGAAAAUAAGUAAAAAUAGCAAUUAUAAAACUAGUAUUUAUAC